AUGGCGUCCGCCGCGCGAGUGCCAUUUCUUGAGCAGCAGUACUACCAUAUAGCGCUGCCCCGCAACGUACCUGGCCGCGAAGAUAGCAACCUGCAUCGCGUCGAGGAAGCUCUCUUGAAGCGUAUGCUUGACGCCAUUGCGAGGCUUACCCCCCAUGUCGCUGCAGAUGUUGCUCCGCACGUCCAAGGACUGCGGAAAACAUUGCUCGCGUGUCAAAUACUCAAUGUCGACGGAACCAUCGGCAAGGCGGCGCUGAUGAAAGAGCUUCGCGACUUCAGCCAUGGGAAAAUGCUUGUUCUGCACAUCGCACCUCAGAACUGCGCUUUGCUCGUGUAUCCCCACGACACUUCCGGCGAGCGCAACAUCAUUUUCGAAGCAUUUGAGACAUCCGCCACAGCCGACAAGGUGCUGGCUGCCAAAGGCGCGCUACAAUGGGACUUCCCCGGCUGCGCGGUAUCUGUCCCAGCAUCGACUAUCAACGAAGAAGCUUUCCAGGAAGCUGUCGCCAGUUUCAUCGAACAAGCUAGCAGCGAGUCGGUCACAAAGUUUGCCGCUAUCACCUGGAAGGCAGCCGCCACGAUUCCCGAGAUCCGAGACACCAGUGAUCCCGCUCUCAUAUCUGGCCUGUUGAUGACUAUACUGGAGGCCAAUGGCGCUGCAGUUGCAGUUCCACGUCUGCGAAAGCGAGUGCGCGACACGGUCACCUUCGACAAUGCUCGAACGCCAUGGAGGAGAUCCGCUUACUACCUGGUUCUCCGAGUUGCAGUCCAGCGUUACUUGUAUCACCACUUGGGUGCAGAGGUCGGAAGACUCCACUACAAGACAGUGAUGUGUCUCCUGCAUGCGCAGCUAUUGGAAGAUGUGUUGAAGAAGAUACCUCUUGAUGCAGCCUUCUCACUCCGUCAGAAGCUGGGUCGUCGCCUCGCCAAGCUUACAUCCGAUGUUCAUGGUGCCGAUAGGUCCGCCUGCAACAGGUAUCGCAAUCUUGUGCUGUCCUUAGGUGGUAGUUUUGAGUCCUCACUGGCAACUACCGGUGGGUACUUGAAGCAAGUCUGGCGUACCCAUAGGCAGUCACGGGAACGCUACAUCCCAAAGCUACGCCAAUACGCCCAUCCUCAUGAGUUCCAACUUCGUUUGAUGAACAGCGGUAGAUUUUUGAAAGGAGUGCUAGUGGAACACGCACAUUCUCCACGACCUCAACAACGAACUGCUCCAGAGCUUCUGCAGCUUUUUGAGCGAUCUGUCGCUUCUGUCAGACCCUACAUGCGAGCUUUGGAUAGCCAUGUCGCUUCGUCAAGACUUCUCGAGGAUGUUGUACUUCCUGCCAAGCGUUCAACGCAACCAGAAGGCCUCCGAGCGAUCCGGUUGAGUAAGGUGAUUCAUGAAUACGUCACCAACAUCAACGCCGUAGACCAGGCGUAUCCCAAUCAAAAGAGCCAACAGUUGCUCCAUCUCAUGGAGCUUUGGGUUCUCAUGGACAAGGAUGCUGUAACUUGCUACCCGUUGCUCGAGGAAUACCAUCCUGGGUUCGAUCCGGAUUUAUUGGAUCCCAUCCAGCUCCUUACACACGAAGAGAUGAUCCGGAGUCAAAAAGUACGCAUGUAUUUGAAAGCUCGCUUUCGCGCACGAUCAAGUGUGCCGUCCAGAACUAUCUUCGACGAUCCUGCCGACGAUUGCUUUGCUGUACAGUAUUACGAUCGGGAAGACCAUCAGGGCGAACUGUGUGCAAUGCGAGAAGACAUUGAGGCAAAAGCCGACAUUGCCUAUGACGCGAAGCACAUCGAAUGGGAAGAGAAGAGCCAGCGCCAUUCACAAACCAUCGAUAAGCGAAAUGAGAAGGAGUGUAUCUGGGAGGCUUUCGUUGCCUGGGAUGGCAUGCCUGAGUCACGUCAUCGCCUUCCUUGCGAAUGGCAUAACCUUAACCAAGAAGCUAAGGGCAUCAGGAUCCAGAUCUACGAGCAUCCAUUACCAAGCUAUGAGCCGGCUGCCAAAGCAGCACUAUUCGAGUUACAGUGCCCAGAAGUAUUCGCCGCCUACCGAGACGCAACUUGGCUUAUACUUUCGACUCUUUGUCGCGAGCCGACCGAUAAACUUGAUCGGAUGUCGCUCGUCCGGGAGUACUCACAGCUUCGCCCAUACGUCAACAGAACCAGCUGUCGAGUGAGUCUUGGCUCGUACAAGAAGGCUCAUUUAGAGUGUCAUUACGCAAACUGGGGCUUUCCAAUCGGAGUAGACGAGGUCAUCCGGACUUGCGGCCUCAAGCCCAGGUACUACGACAGUAUUGGUGAGGCAUGGACAGAUAGAUGCGGUAAAGCUUCCUUCUGGCAUCAUUUUCCCGUGAAGCUUCCUCUCAACUCGCCACUCGUGUCACUUGGACUCAAUUACUUUCUGUGGCCGACAUCGAACGAGAUUCAGGCGAACCAAGCUAGGUGCCCUCAGGGCGUUGGCGUCCAUGAGUUUACAGCACUCCAAGGUCUCUUGGUCGGCACUUAUUCAAGGUGGCUCGACCUUCUCAGGGAGCUGGGCUCAACCAAUCUCAACUUUUCGUCCGAGUCCACAUGGUCGCUCGUCUUGCGUCUAGUACUUCAGCUAGGGUCAGACCGUGCGGCCGAAACCGAUUAUACCGACACUCAUCGCUCUCUGUUGGAUGAUGGCCUUUGCAGCAAGCUCCUGCAGCAAGUCCGCUAUCGACUGGAAGCGAUCCGGCGAAACUGGCGCGAGCCCAUACAGAUGGAAAUCCUCAUCACUAUCCUACUCAAGGUGACCUCACUGAGCCCAAGCAUAUCAGUCUGCAACGAAGGAAGGGAACUUCUCCAUGAAGCCCGCAAGAUCACCGACGGCUGGCGUCGCGAGCUGCAGCCCAUGGUAACGGAAGAUCCGAACGUGUUACAGCCAGCUAUAUGGGCAUCACUCCUGUGCAAGCAGACAAUGCACAUUGACGACUGGUCGGGAGCCCCUCAGGGUCUUCGUAUGUAUCUUGACGCUUCGAUCUCGCUGCGAUACAAUUUGGCGGGAAGGUUCGACAAAAUGCCAUUCAAUAUGCGCAACGCCAUCGCAAAAGACACACUAUUUGCUUACGAGCAUCGCGAUGCCAUGAAAGAGGCCAUCAUGGGGAAUACAGUGACGUUCAGAGCUGCCUUAGAUGCCGUAUUGCAUGUGCCCGGAGAAUACGACACUACCGAGCCCGGUUUGGCAGUCGUUCCUGACACCUGGUACCUGUCGUAUACGCUACAGUCUAUAGCUGAGCAGCACUCCUACUUUGUACAUUACGACUAUGUCUAUGGCACCCUACUCAUCGACGGACAAGAGAUGGGAACACUUCCUCAGUCAUACCGUAUGGAUGACACAUAUCGACACGUCCUUGACAAUAAGAAUCCAAUUGUGUAUCCUUCGCCUCUACGUGGCAUGGAUUUUGCACUAUCAGAGCCCAUACGUGGCCAUCGAAUUCAUUUGGGCUACCGCAACAAGAGGCUGAUCAUUCGGGCUGAUCAAGGCGGCGAGCUGCUCGAAUUCAUCCCAAGCCAUGUUUUUGGGGUGCAAGGCCCUACACCUGAUCUUCCUAGACCGUUGGUCGAAGACUGCUACCACUGGCUGCACGUCUACAGUGGCCAUGUCGAGAUCCGCCAAAACACCGCUUGGACGGUCAAGCUCGGGAAUUGGUGGAUACAUUGCCCCCCAUCUGGAUUCUAUAAUGCUGUUCGGCGGUUCCGAGAGCCAUCGCAGACGACUUUGUUAGACUCGGGAAGCGACCUAGUCAAGAUCAUCACCCGGAUAUUUACUCACUUCGAAUUCCCCUCCCAGAUCUUGGUAUUUGCGUCGGCUGACGGAAGAAUAUCCGUGGAGUUGAAGCGAAUGGAAUUGAGCUUUCACAUCAACCAAGAAGGUUUUCUACACUCGUUGCGACUUGGUGCCAUCGUUUCACCUUACCAAGAUGCUGGGACCUGGUAUGGCCUCAUGAACAAGAUUGUCGUCCAAUCUGUUGCCAACCGUCGGCAGAAGAGCAUACUCAUUCCUUGGGGAGGCAUUCGAGUUUCGAAAGACGGUCCCCACGUACUCGUUGAUAUAGAGAUGGGUCAAGGCGUAUAUCUCAAGUACGCGAUCAACGACGUCUUGGGGCGUGUCGACUGCGCUCCCGAACCUCGCCUCCUCUACAUGAAAGCCUUACUACAUGCCUACACAUCACAUGCUAUUGCCGAUCCACUGACCCGGAGGACGGGCAAAGAAGAGGCUCUCUACCUCCUCCAAACGAGUGCCUAUCAACCUUGGAACCCAUUGCUACGCGACGAGGUAUCUACGUUGAACUGCAUUGCAGAACUAUCACCGAAGCGAGGGUAUUACCCUGCAGACGCCAGGUGUAUGGAGACGGUGCUGUGGCGUCCGGAAUGCACAGUGCACAUGCAAGAUGAUCGCUAUGCCAAAGCGGUCGCUAAGAUACUUCAGACUUCUUCCGACCUGUCCCAGUUCUACCUUGACCGCAACAUUCAGGAGACGGAAAAACUAGACCCGGAAAUAGUUCACUUAGCUGCUCGAGCAGUCGCAAGGUCCGUUGAUCACGAAACGAAGAAAGAUGGCCGUUGGGACACCACCUAUAACGCACGCGAUGCUCGGAAAGCUGCACAAGAUCGCUUGAAUGUGCUCGAGGUGUCAAAAUUACUCCUUGAUUGGAGAUCGACUUGCUCACUAGACACUACACUGGUUGCGCUCCUUCACGAUGCUCCGGUCGUGGGCGGUUAUGACAAAUACUACCGUAAAUGUCUACUUACCGACCACCUUGCUGUCGACAUCAAAGCGGAGUGGGGUGCGCUUGCUCAGAGGUCGCUACAGUGUAGUGUCGACGACAAGUUUGGCUUAAUGUUCCUUCUUGGAACUAUCGCGUUCUCUUCAGAUGCGGACUUGAAGCUUCUGCGUGUCCUCAUAUCUUUCGCAAUGAUUCCAGAUAUACGGGCCAUACCUGCCCCUAAACAUGCCGCCUACUUUCAUUUUCGAGUGGACGGAGCGCCUCCUGUAUCCUAUCUGAUAUCGCUUAUGGAGAAAGCACGAAUGCCGUUCGCCGAGACCGGCUUCAAGAAACGUUCACAGCUAGUGAAAGCCGAAAGCUUACAUGGUCCCGGUGUCGAUCAAGCCUGCAAGUUACUGGCCAGCUCAAUGGUGGAGCAGUGGCCAACUUCCGACCUCGACCCGGAAGUAUUGGUCGUGAUUGAUCCGACAUACCUCGACAUCGAACGGGCUCUGGCUGAUGUAGCUCCGGAAUGGACCCGCCUUGCGCGCAAUCAUGAAUUGGCACGAUAUCUAGAGCAGGUACAGGAGGUACUCUUCCGGACGGAGACUGGCUCAGACGUCAAGGUAAUUGCAAACGUGGAGCCGCUACCUUUGCCCUUGUAUUCCACAAGAUCUAGGGAGCACGAUGAUCUCUCGCUUUCGGACCUAUUGAAGGCUCCAAUUGUCAACAUUGAAGCGCCAGGAGAGGUGCGUUCUCUCGCUUUCGGUUCCUACGCCGGAGCCUUGGCUGUCAGAUCGGGUAAUAUCGCGCAUCAUCCUGUCAAGACACACAAUUCCACGGGUAUGUAUCAAGGCAAGAAGACAGCAUCACAUCUUCAAUUGCUUAGCUCGAAGCCGCGGGAGAUUGGGGUUCUGAGAAGCAUCGUAGCCAACUUCAAAGACCCCACUUCUUUCGUGCAAUGCAGAUAUGCGAAAGAAAUGGACGCAAGCAUCGAUGCUCUCCAGAAGCGGAUUUCGUAUGUGCAGCAUACAACUCAUGGCACCUAUCCUCAGAUCACAGCAGAUGACAUCGCAUUGGCUAGAGACUUAGCAACAUCGGUAGUUGAACGGAUCCGCAAUGCUCUCCAACAAUAUGAUCCGCAGGCGAAAUGGCUUCAGCUGGCGGAUACGUGGCCCCGAUUGACGACGGUGGAGCUUCUCACAGCGCUUCGGGUCGGUUCCAGCACCACUUUUGGCACCGGUACAAAAGAGGCAAUGAUAGCUUUUGGUGUGGCUAUAAGCAGACUCCAACGACUACUUCGCAUCCAAGAUGCCCGGAAGCGCGCGAAGACUCAGCAAGAGCGGGAUGAAUGGGCGAAUGAGGGCCACAGUAAUUGGAAUCCUGUGGACUAUCCGGACUGGCUACUACUGGAGAUCGAUGGUGACAUUCUCAUCCGGGAAGAGCAGGUACAAGUUGCUCUAGCGACAAUCUCACCGCAGUCGAACGAAAACUCAGUUCUGCAACUUUUAAUGGGUAAAGGCAAGACGUCUUGUAUUCUUCCCAUGGUAGCAUCACUUCUUGCUGAUCGGACCGAUCUCGCUCGCGUUGUGGUUCCAAGAGCUCCCUUGCUCCAGUCAGCGCAAGUGAUGCAAGCCAAACUAGGCGGGUUAGUCGAUCGCGAGCUCAUGCAUAUACCCUUUUCUCGAAAGACUCCUCCUACCAAGGCGUUGAUGAGUUUGUACGGAAAGAUUCACGCACGCUUGAAAGAUCGUCGCGGCGUGCUUAUUGCGUUGCCUGAGCAUGUGCUCUCGUUCAAGCUGAGUGGACUACAACAGCUCUGUGACGACAACCUCGAAACAGCCUCUAUGAUGAUCGACACACAGCGCUGGCUUGAUCGAUAUACCCGCGAUGUCCUGGACGAAUGCGACGUUUCGUUGGCAAUCAGGACGCAACUCAUAUAUCCAUCCGGUACGCAGACCACAGUGGACGGCCAUCCGAUGCGCUGGCAGGUCAUCCAGGCAUGUCUUCACUUGGUGAAGGACUUUGCUUCAAAUGUCCAGUCACGUUAUCCUCGCAGCAUCGAGGUGGUCAAUCGUGGCAGCAGCGGGUUUCCUCUCAUUUAUUUCCUGCGCAAAGACGCCGAGGAUUACUUGAUCGAGCUGUUGGUCAGAAUCAUCUGCAAGGGUCAGACUCCGUCAAUACUGCCUUGUGCCGAGUACCCAGCAGCCCUCGUCAGAGACGUACAGGCCUACAUCUCGAAACCAACUGUGCGCAGUCAAACAACAUCCAGGAUCACCAGCUUCUUCCGAGACAAGCCAACUUUGAUGCGGGCUGUCAAUUUGCUUCGUGGAAUGUUUGUGCAUCGUAUCUUGAUAACGACCCUCCGCAAGCGCUGGAAUGUGCAAUAUGGUCUGCAUCCAACACGCGCACCGAUCGCGGUGCCGUACCUAGCCAAGGGUGUACCAUCUCCUACAGCUGAGUGGGGGCAUCCCGAUGUUGCAAUCACCUUGACGUGCCUGUCAUUCUAUUAUCAAGGCCUGACUGGCUCUCAAUUCAAGGAAGCUUUUGCCCACCUAGUCAAGACGGACGAACCCAGUAUCCAGUACGAGAAGUGGUUUCCCAAGGGCGUGGACAUCCCGAAAGAGCUAGAUGACUAUGCCGCCAUCAAUGCCGAAGACAUGCGGCAACUGAGCGAUCUCUAUCAGGUCGUGCGAUUCAGCGCCUCCCUCAUGGACUUCUACUUGAACAACUUUGUGUUUCCCAAAUAUGCGAAGACCUUCAGCCUCAAGCUUCAGGCAUCUGGCUGGAACCUUUUCCCGUCCUUCCAGGGUACCAUGGGAGCACGUAUCACUGGCUUUUCUGGUACAAACGAUUCGAGGCACCAGCUUCCCUUGCUAGUGCAGCAGCAAGAUCUUCCUCAAUUAGCGCAUACCAAUGCGGAAGUUCCUUACUAUUUGCUGGCGCCUCGCAAUCAAUCGUACAUACGCAUGACCUUUGGGAAUGGAGCGCGGUGGACCGAGAAGGACCUGCUCAAGAACCUCGCUAAUCGCCACACGCAUGUUCGGAAGAAUGGUACCCACCAAACUCAUCAUCUCCCGAACAACCUGAGUAACUUCAACCAAGAUGGACGCAUACGAAUCUUGAUUGAUGCCGGCGCUCAAGUUCUCGAGCAUUCGAACAAAGACUUCGCCAAAGCCUGGCUUGAUGCCGACCAUGAUGCCGCAGCAGCUGUGUACUUUGACGAUGAUCAUCGUGUAUGGGCAUUGUAUCGUACAGGGAGAUGCGUACCACUCGUCGCAUCACCAUUCGUCGACGAUCUGGAUCGAUGCGUCGUGUACUUAGACGAGAGCCACUGCAGAGGUACCGACAUCAAGUUUCCACCUCAUGCGAGGGCCGCCUUGACGCUCGGGCAACACUUGACAAAGGACACGUUGGUACAGGCUGCCAUGAGACUCCGACUGCUCGGUCAAACCCAGUCAAUUACGUUCUUUUCUCCUGUUGAAGUCCAUCAGGGUAUACUGGACCGCUUGCCAAAGGGCACCAGUGAGUUUCACCAACCCACUUCGGGUGAUGUCCUUAGAUGGGUGUUUGGCCAGACCUGCGACACUAUGGAACAGCUCGAGCCCUCCUAUUUUGCACAGACGUCGCAGUAUCUGCAGCAAGAGCAAGCCCGGUUGGAAUAUCCUGAAUACCUGCAUGAUGUUUCAUCACGAGAUGCUUAUCUCCCAACGGUCCGUAUCAAAGAGGCACUCUCCCUGAAACAGCUAUACGAGCCAAAAGGUGAGCGUCACCGGCGGGCUGGUCCUAACACUGCCACCAUCGCAUGGAAACCUUCGCUACAGAAUAUCUACACUGAGCUUGUGAACCGCAAGAAACAUUUUCAGGAUCGAGGCUCGGCCGUCCAUGCAUCAGCUCUAGAGGAAGUGGAAAUUGAGCAAGAACGCGAGACUGAGCGCGAGGUUGAGAUUGAGGUUGAAAAUGUUCGUGAAGUACAACAAGCCCUUCUUUUCAGCCCAUACAAGACAAAGAAGCUACACGAAGACAUUCGACAUUUCGCAGAGUUCGGACGUCUCGUCCCUGGGAGCGAUGCCUAUCAACCUCUGUUUUCGGUAUUGGGACGGAUGACUUCACUAGGCCUCAAGCAUACGGUCCAUUCGUCGAUGAAAUCUGGUUCAUGGAUCUCAGCUGAGUUCUCUCGUACAAUCGAGGUUUACACUCCCAACGACAAUUACAUCCGUUCCUCUCAUUGGAUUCUUUGGAGCACAGUCAGCCAGCAAGCACUCCUUGUUAGCCCCGAGGAAGCCAACCAGCUCAUCCACAUCAUGCAAGAGCAACAGAUGCUUCAAGAUAGUAUCAACGUCCACCUCAUCAUCUAUGCCGCACCCGUCACGCGAAGGAUGCUUCACUUCAACCAGCUUGACUACUAUGCGAUACCGGCUCUACCUGCAGAGUUCAAAGCUCCCGUCUGGCUUCGGGUCGAGAUGGGGAUUUUCGCUGGGCGUCUCUACCUCGAGUGGGAUGAGUACUACCUAUUGCUGGAGUACCUUGGCCUCGAUGAGAACCUAUCCCAGCACCCGGAGAAGGAUGCAUUUGCAAAGAAGCCUCUGACUUUUGUACACGAAUGGCUUGCUCUGCGCCGCAAGGGUCAAGACUUCGAACACACCCCCAUGGGUUUCGUUACUACUGGCAAGCCGCUUACGGAGAAUCAUCCGUUCUUCCGCAAGCUCGCUCUUGGAGAUGAUCCGGCUUUGCGUCAGCAUGUCGCUCGAGCCGUACCCGGCCAGCUCGAUGCUCAAGACGAGGAAGAUCACGAUGACCACGACGAUGAGGAGGACUUUGUUCCGGCUGUUGAGCACGUUGAUGACUCUGAGGGUGAGGACGAAGGGUUUGAGUCGAGUGGCGAUGAGGCCUUCUUGGAUGCGGAGGAAGGGGAGUAG